UUUUCACGCUCGCGGAGAGAAGAAAAAAAAAAGACGUAAAUGGAUCAGGCGGUAGAAAUGGAGAGCGAAAGGACUGGGAGGGUGACCAAAAAUAUUGAGGAGACAUGGCGUGGCUGCGUGACACAAUAGGAGGAUCUCACCUCACCAAAAGCAGGACUUUCCUGAGGAACAAAGUAAAGGCCGAGGCUCCGAGCUGCCUGUCUGAAGGGUUUUCAUUUCGCUUUGCUUUGCUCCCUUACCUCGUUUAAUCUGAGCAGCAGCAGCAGCAGCAGCGACGUCUCUGCUGAGCGCUAUCUGCAGAGAGAGGGAGAGGACAGGAGUCUGCGGCCAGCAGCCUCGUCUGACAGCUUCGAAGGAAGCUCAGUAUGAGUCGAGAUGGUUGGAUGAGAAAGAGAGCCAACGACAGCGAUGACAAUGGUUGGGGAGAACGGGGCGGCUACAUGGCUGCCAAGGUUUCCAAGCUGGACGAGCAGUUCAAACUCAACGCCAGCAGAGAAAAGCAGAAGGAAGGGAGCAGCUCCAGCAUCUUCAGUGGGGUUGCCAUUUAUGUCAACGGAUACACAGACCCGAGCGCAGACGAGCUCCGCAGGCUGAUGAUGCUCCACGGCGGCCAGUUCCACCUCUAUUACUCGCGCUCCAAGACCACGCACGUCAUCGCCAGCAACUUGCCCAACUGCAAGAUUCAGGAGCUCCGCGGGGAAAAGAUCAUCCGGCCAGAGUGGAUCACUGAGAGCAUCCAGGCCGGCCGUCUCCUGCCCUACUUGAAGUACCAGCUGUAUGCUAAACAGAAGAACACGCUCUUCCCCGGCGUCAUUCUGCGCCACGCCUCAGAGACCCCAGAACCGGGCUACUGUCCCCCUCGGCCGAACGCGCACCAGAAGCCCCUUUUGCCAGCGUGCAACACCGAGCCCUCUGUCCCCCGCGGCGGGGGGCCCUCAAACAGCCCCUCCCCUGUCCCCAGCUUGGACGACGCCGAGCUCCAGUCCGUCCGCCGCGGCUCCAAAGCGAGCCUGGAUUGCCAUCCGGCGAUUCAUUUGAAGCCCGGUGGAGUCGUUUCGGGUUCCCUGCCCCCGAGUGCAUCUUUACCCAGGAACCACCUUUCCAGCCAGGGCGACGGAAAGCACCCGCGCAAGUCUCCCACCUCUGCCCGCACGGAUGACGAAGACUUAAAAAUAAACGGAGCUCCCCAGACCUCACCGGAUACCUCGAGCCAUUGCAACACGAAGGAAAUGCAAGAGCGUGGAGACGCUCGUCCCGCCGGGGCCUCCGCGGUUACGGAGGAGGCGCCCCUGACCAACGGACACGCUCAUCUUCUCAACGGUGCCUUAAAGCCAGAGGACUCGUCCCCCGUUGCAGAUCCGUCCUGCUCUGACCGGGACGGGUCCACGGGUGGAGCGACGAGUUCAACAGAGAAACCUCAGAGUCCCGCAGCGCAGUCACGCGCCAAACCGGACCCAUACGAGUUCCCCCCCAGCCCUCCAAAGCAAUCAGACGCCUCUGCUGUCCUUCUGGAGCAAUCCAGCGCCGAGGAAGAGGGCGAACCGAAGCCUCCAGCACCUUCCUCUGACGAGGCUUUAAAAGCUGAUAAACCCCAGCCCCCUCUGAAGUGUCUCCAACCCCCCGCUUGGGUGGAGCCCAUCUCUGAGCCGACCCCUCGGUCUCCUGCGUCCCGUUCUCUUUCGCACUCUUCAGUCAGACUGAACGGGAGCCACCGCAAGGCGGAGCCGCCGGCGCCGCCCGCCGACCCGGCCGCCGCUCCCGCCGAGGGGGCCGCGUCCUCGGACCAGCUGCUGGAGCAGACGGGCGGUCUGAUCUCGGAGUUCUACUCCCACUCCCGUCUGCACCAGAUCUCCACGUGGAGGGUCGCUUUCUCCGAGUACGUCAACGAGCUGCACAGCAGGCGAAAGACCGAGGGGAGCCCGUUUUACUCCGGCAAAGAUCGGCUGAAGAAGUCCGUGGCACAGCGACCCUCACGGGGACAAGGUUCAUCAUCGUCAUCAUCAUCGUCAGGCAGGGUGAAGUCAUGCAUCUUCCACGUGGACAUGGACUGCUUCUUCGUGUCCGUGGGGAUCCGGCAUAGACCAGAACUUAAAGGGAAGCCUGUGGCUGUCACCAGUAACCGCGGACUGGGCAAAGUCCCCAUCAGACCCGGAGCCAACCAUCAGGCGGAGCUGGAGUACUACCAGAGGAAGCUUACCUCUCCUCAGCCAGAGGGGGUCGACGCCGACCUCGCCGUAACGCCCUCGCAGGACUCCCCGGACUCCCGCAGCAACGGCGUGGAUCAGGACACCGCUGCUCUGUCCAUGGCGGAGAUCGCGUCUUGCAGCUACGAGGCCAGGCAGGCGGGCGUGAGGAACGGGAUGUUUUUCGGCAAAGCGAAGCAGCUUUGCCCGGCGCUGCAGUCAGUCCCGUACGACUUCGACGCCUACAAGGAGGUGGCUCUGAACAUGUAUGAGAUCCUGGCCAGCUACACGCACGACAUCGAGGCGCUGAGCUGCGAAGAAGCGCUGAUCGACGCGUCCUCUCUGCUGGCUGAGGUGGGCGUCGGCCCCGACGAGCUGGCUAAAGCCAUCAGGGCGGACAUCGAGGAGAAGACGCGGUGCUGCGCUUCAGUGGGAAUGGGUUCCAACAUCCUUUUGGCUCGACUCGCGACCCGCAAGGCCAAGCCGGACGGCCAGUACUUCCUGAGGUCUGAGGAGGUGGACGACUUCAUCAGGGAGCUGCCAGUGACCAGUUUGCCAGGCGUUGGCCGCGUUAUGGCCAAAAAACUGUCUGUCAUGGGCGUGAAGUCGUGCGGGGACCUCCAGCAAGUGCCUCUGUCCCAGCUGCAGAAGAGGUUCGGGCCCCGCACAGGACAAACCCUGUUCCGGUUCUGCAGGGGUUUGGACGACCGGCCCGUCCGCUUCGAAAAAGAAAGGAAGUCCGUCUCCGCUGACAUGAACUACAACAUCCGCUUUACCACGGUCGACGAGGCGGAGUGCUUCCUGACUAAUCUAUCCAUGGAGGUGCAGCGGCGUCUGAAAGAAGCGGGGCUGCGGGGUCGCAGGGUUACUCUGAAGGUCAUGGUGCGCAAGGUCGGAGCGCCUCUGGAGCCGGCCAAAUACGGAGGCCAUGGCAUAUGUGAUAACGUUGCCAAGACUGUGAUGCUCGCUCAGUCCACCGACAGCGGUCAGCUGAUCGCCUCCGCCGUCAUCAAGCUGCUGCACGGCAUGAAGCUGCAGGUCCACGACUUGAGAGGUGUCGGCAUUCAGGUUCAGCAGCUGGAGGGAAACCAACCCCAAGCGCAGGACUGCCGGGGGGCUCGGACACGCUCCAUCAAAGACAUGCUGUUGGGACAGAAAUCAAGCCCCAGAGCUAACGACAAAGAUUCAGCAGGCACUUCCUCGGCAGCGGUUCCCUCCGGUCGCUCAACACCGCGGCCAUUGACCCCCGCUGAGCCGCUCCCUGGGACGAGCAACCAAACGCCCGUCUGCAGGCAAACGCCAAAGCAGUCCCGGACCCGCCUCAACUUCAGCAUCGAAGUCCCCUCCCCCUCACAGGUGGAUCGCUCGGUCCUGGAGGCCCUGCCAGCCGAGCUGAGGGAGCAGGUGGAGCAGUCGUGGACCAGGAGAGACGAGAGGCCAAACCGCCGCCGUUCACCCGAGCCGCCGCCGCCGCCCUCCUCGCCGGACCCCCGCCCUGCGCUGUACGCGCCGCCCGCCGGGACAUUGGUGCUGCAGUUUCCCAACCAGCCAGACAGUCCGGGAAUUGUGCUGGAAUUACCGAACAUCUCGCAGGUUGAUCCAGAUGUAUUCGCUGCCCUUCCCAAAGAGCUCCAGGACGAACUGAAGUCCGCCUACAGCCGUGCAAACAAUGCCCAAGCCCAGGCGAAGACGGCCGAGCAGAAGAAUCCGUUGCUGCAGCUCAAGCAGCCUGCUGCAGGAGCCGGCGUCGGGCGGCCGAAGCGGCGCUACAAGAGGAAGAACGGCGUGAGUCCCGUUAAAAAAGGAGCCUCACCCCUAAAGAGGCGUCAGGUGACAAACAGUCCAGCCAAAAACGUACCGCCGACCAAACCGCCAGAGCCUGUGAACGUACCAAAGACCGCAACCAACCCCUCCACCUCACAGCAGGACGCCGUCGCGUCCGGGACGAAGACGGUUCCUCGUCCUGCUCCGACGCUGGCAGGAGCUUGUGACCUGACGGAUAUUAAAACGCUCCUACGGGAAUGGGUCACCACCAUUACAGAUCCGAUGGAGGAGGACAUCCUGCAGGUAGUAAAGUACUGCACUGAUCUGAUAGAAGAUAAAGACCUGGAGAAGUUGGAUUUGGUAAUAAAGUACAUGAAAAGGCUCAUGCAGCAGUCGGUGGAGUCAGUUUGGAGUAUGGCGUUUGACUUCAUCCUGGACAACAUACAGGUGGUUGUGCAUCAAGCUUAUGGUAGCGUCCUGAAGAUAGCCUGAGAGCAAGAGGAAAGACGACGAUCUACCAUGUACCAAACUAAUCAUGACAUCUGAAUGAUCAUUUUCUGCUUUCCUACCUUUUUCCUGUAACAUCUUUCUGUUUCCUCAGAGGCCAACAGAAUAAUGGCAGAAAAACAAACAGCCAUCAUUGUAUUUUUUUUUUUUCUUUUUUAAAGCAUGUACAGUAGCUCACUUUUUGUACAUAUCUUUUUUUUUUUUUUCAAUCAACGUUGCAGAAGCUCAAACUGAAGAGCAAAAAAACGAAAAAUUUCUUACGGUCUACAUAGUGCAGCUUAAUUUUCCACUUUUGUUUCUCAAAAUGUUUAGCACUGCGUUUGAUUUGUGUCAGAAGUUCGACCCCCGGGCAUGAUGUCAUAGUCAAGUUGAGCCCGUUCUGAUUGUAGGUCGGAAAAUACCAGUGAAAGACACCGUUUGGGUGCAACCAUUAUUGUUUCCGUUCUGUGGACGCAGCAGUAGAGGAACGCUCAUGGAAACGGAGGUCGCGGUUUGUGCCACCGGUCAAAUGUGAGCACAGAGAAACGGGCUAUUCCUGCAACUAUCAACAUGUUUUAUACGCUCGGCAGCCAUAUUGGAUAUUGAACGCGGAAUGGCUCAGGGACCUCUAGCUUUCCCAGUCGGCAUUACGACCUCGGUGUCUGGUAUGUUCUGAUUAUUAUUUUUUAUUUUUAUUUUUUCUGACUCAGGACUCUGAAAAUUCCGACUUUCAAGUACAAAUCGAACGCAGCACAGUCCUGUUUUUCUAACACACCUAUAAGGACUCAGCAUUGUAACGUUUAAAGAUACUUUUAUUUCCUUUUUUUUUUUCUUUUCAGCAGAGCAGUUGACAUACCUCACGGGUACAGGUGCUGGUGUUGAGUAUAAGGCGCAUCAUGUGUAACACAAAUCUCUGAUCACUUUUAGAAUCUGUUAACCUCGUAGCACUCCUCCUCUUUGGUGCUCUGCUCUAGAUGCACUUAUCUGUGGAACAAAACUCUUAACUGCUGCACUCUGUAGGUUUUUUUGGGGGUUUUUUUCCGUGUCUGUUUAAAACGAAACAAAAAAAAGUGCCAAACGUUGUCGUUGUAAACUGUAAAUAAUGUUUUUGAAAGAUCUUUGUCAAACGUUUGAAACAAAAUGUAAGUGGAGGAAUUGCCUCUUGUACUGUUUACCAGUAGUGAAUUCUUAGUAACGGUCUUUAAAAUUGUAACUCUGAGGUCUAAACGCUCGUCGGUUUUCCAGCACGGAAAUCUGAUGCUAGCCAAAGUAUUUCAUGGACGGUUAGCUGUUGAUUCUGUGUAGCACUCUUAAUUUGGAAGGGCGAUCGGUCAGCCUAUGCAUUAAUCUUUUCUUUUUUUUUUCCACAAGCGAGAGAGAGAGAUAAUGAGCCGUUCGUUAAGCAUUUCUAUUUGGAAUAACUCGAGUGUUACAACCGGUCUUCAUUAGGUUCUGAAUCUGUUGGAAUAAUGCUGGAUUUGCAUAGAUUCAGGUGACCCAUCUUUUGUAAUUCACUAUGGAAACACUUGUGUGGCACGUGACUUCAUUUCUGUACAUAAUAUGGUCCGGAUUGAACUUGUAUCGUUGGAAGCGCGCAUCGGACACAGCUGACUGACUUCUGAUCUCCUCACAGAAGACGAUAUUUAUGUUGUUGGAAAGUUCUCUUAAAGCAGUAACUAUAUGCAAACCAGAUCAGUCUGAAUGUAAUUUGGAAUGUGUGAGUUUCCGCUUAUACUUUUAAGAUGUUGCUUCUCAUCACCUUUCACUUGUUUCCUGAAAGAAAUGGCCACGAGUAAAAACUGGCCAGCGUUGGGUUCUCUUAACUGGCUCGUGCCUGAAGACCUGAAGCUGUGAAUUUGUUUGUAAGUUUUCUAAACCUUGCUAAUAAACUUAAACUUCUAAUAA